AGCUUGUUUUUUUCAUCAUCUGAUUUCAAAAGUGAAAAAUCAAUUUUUCAAAUCAAAAAAAAAAAAUCGACAUUUUAUCAACCUGGGGUACACAACAACAGCAACAGGAAAAAAAUCCGUAUCUAACGUUUGAUUACAGCAAAAUCAUCAUUACUUUGUUUCAAGUUUGUUUCUUUUUUGAUUUGUGUAGCUGAGAAAAGAAGAAAAACUGGGUAAAAAAACAACAAGACAAUUUUUCAGUUUGUCAUUUUUGUUCUCCUAUGUGCAUCAAAUAAUCGGUGAUUGAUUUAAAAAAAAAGAAAAACUUCAACAUUGAAAUCUCAAACAUCAAACAUCAAACAUCAUCAUGGUACUAGUCUAUGUAACAUUAUUUGUAGCCCAUUUGGGUGAUCAAGUUAUUAAAUUAAAUUUAUGGACAAUUGCAUCAUUAUUAUUGGCAAGUGGACUGACAUUUUUGGCAUUUUUCUGGGAUUUUGUUCGAAGAUUUUAUUUUACAUUUUUUCGUGAUAUAAGUGCUGGAUAUGCAUUACUUAAAUCAAGAUAUUUUAUGCUCAAACAUCGUAAUUCAAAUGUACCGAAAAUAUUUUCAUCCUUAGCCGAAAAACAUCCGGAUAAAAUAUGUUUUUAUUAUAAAGAUGAACAAUGGACAUUUGAUGAUAUUGAAAGAUUUUCCAAUAAAGUUGGUAAUUAUUUUGCAUCGAUUGGUUAUAGAAAAAAUGAUGAAAUUGCAUUAGUAAUGAAUUCACGACCAGAAUUUGUUGGAAUUUGGCUUGGUUUAGCUAAACAAGGAAUUGUAACGGCAUUCAUCAAUACAAAUCAACGUAUGGAAACAUUAGUUCAUUCGAUUACAGUUGUUAAUUGUAAAGCAGUUAUAUUUGAUUCUACAUUAACUAAAAAUAUUGAAGAAUCAAUAUCAUUGAUUGAAACAAAACGUCCUGGAAUGCAAUAUUUUUGUUAUGUUGGUUCGGAUCAACCAUCAUUAAAAUCAUUGGAACAAAAUAAAGAAAUUAUAACGGAAACAAUUAAAGCAAAACUGUUGGAUGAUUGUAUUGAAAAUAUGAUCUAUACACGACCACAAGCAAUCGAUGAUCAAUCAAUGAGUGAUAAAUUAUAUUAUAUAUUUACAUCUGGUACAACUGGUCUACCAAAAGCAGCUAUUAUUAGACAUCAUCGAUUUGUUUGGAUUGGAAUGAUUUUACGGAAUUUAUUUCGUAUUCGUGAUGAUGAUAUACUUUAUUUAACAUUACCAUUAUAUCAUAAUAAUGCCGGUACUAUUGGUACAUGUCAAUCGGUUAUAUUUGGUACUUCAAUAGUUAUACGGGAUAAAUUUUCAGCAUCACAAUUUUGGGAUGAUUGUAUCCGAUAUAAUUGUACAGUAGCAAUGUAUAUUGGUGAAUUAUGUCGAUAUUUAUUGGCACAACCGAAAAAAGAAACCGAUACAAUGCAUCGUGUACGAUUAAUGUUUGGUAAUGGUUUACGGCAAGAAAUUUGGGGUGAUUUUAAAAAUCGUUUUCGUAUUCGCCAGAUUGGUGAAGUUUAUGGAUCGACUGAAGGCAAUGCUAAUGUUGCAAAUUUUGAUUUUACCGAAGGUGCAUGCGGUAUAAUACCAUGUUGUGUACCAUUUAUUUGUCGUUUUGUUUUUCCGGUUACGGUUAUACGUGUUGAUGCAACAACUGGUGAACAUAAACGUGAUCGUAAUGGUCUUUGUAAAUUAAUAAAACCAGGUGAAAUUGGUGAAAUUGUCGGUAUGAUUCGACAAGAUCCCGGACAAUCAUAUCCAGGUUAUGUUAAUAAUGAUGCAACACAGAAAAAAAUCAUUCGUAAUGUUUUACGUCAUGGUGAUAGUGCAUUUUUAUCCGGUGAUCUAGUCGAAAUGGAUUUUUAUGGUUAUCUUUAUUUUCGUGAUCGUACUGGUGAUACAUUUCGUUGGAAAGGUGAAAAUGUAUCAACAAACGAAGUAGAAGCUGUUAUACAAAAAGUUGUUAAAUUAUCUGAUUGUGUUGUAUUUGGUGUUUCAAUACGUAAUUGUGAUGGUAAAGCCGGUAUGGCUGUUAUUGCUGAUCCAAAUCAAACGGUUAAUGUUGAAAAUUUAUUUAUACAAUUGGAAAAACGUUUACCCGCUUAUGCAAUACCAUUAUUUAUACGUAUAACACCUAAAAUUGACCUGACAGCAUCAUUUAAAUUAUCAAAAUUUUCAUUAGAAAAAGAUGGUUUCAAUAUUAAUCAUAUACGUGAUCCAUUAUAUUAUUUGGAUCGUAAAAAUAAACAAUAUAUUUUAAUGGAUCAAAAUUCAUAUGAUGAUAUUCAAAAUGGACGUAUUUUUCUUUGAUUUGUUGAUCAUUAUGAUCUAUUAGAAUUUACAAUUUACAAUUAUCUUAUUGGUUUGGAAAACGAAACG